AUGCAUGUCCACCCAGUUUUGCAAAACGGCGAUAUUCUUCCCGAGAUUUUCCAACAUCUCUCUCCCGAACGUUGUGGCAGCGGGCAUAGCACCCUUGCCCGAGCGGCAUUGGUCUGUAAAGCAUUCUCGGAUUACGCGUUGAAUGUUUUAUGGGAGGAAUAUCCACCAUUGAUGGCCCUGGUAAAGAUGUUGCCACAGUCAACGUCAAACGUCCAUAGUGGUGAAGACGCGCAGGCUGCCGUGACAAAAUGCUCACAGAAUGAAUGGUUCCACUUCGACGUCUAUGCCGAACGCAUUCGCAAAUUGUCCGUAUCAGCCAAAGAGGAGAUACCCAUUUUGCGGAUCCUGCCCUUCCUUUUUUCCCGUGCACGCGAUGUCCCGCUGUUCCCCUCUUUGGUCUCUUUGGAGUUCGAUCAGUUCUUGCGCAGGCCACAUGAAUAUUUUAUCCUCUUUCUCUCGCCGUCACUCAGAUACUUCUCUCACUCAAUCCACGACCACAGCCUGCGAACGGUAGCGGGGGAGGCCCGCCUUGACAGUGUUCUUGACGUUUUACAGGCGAAGGCUCCAUUCCUGCAGAACUUGGCAUGUUAUGGAGUCACGAAUCCAACGUCGUUGCCAUCCUUGACACGUCUCAAGGGUUUGCAGUAUCUGGACCUGCCUAGAAUGACUGUUUUCCAAGUGCUCAGCUAUUGCGCCGAGUUGCCGCAACUCAAGCGCCUGCAUACUGCUUUACGUGAGGAUCUCGGAGGGACCGGGAGGAUUUUUCCCUCCAGAGAUUUUGUAGCGUUGCAGAGUCUUUCGGUUAGCGGGGCUGUGUCAGACAUGACUGGUCUCCUCACGGCAAUUUCAUCGCCAAACCUUCACUCGUUCACUGUCCUCCAAUUUAUGCCUCAGCUGGGCUUUGGGCAUGUAUGCCGUGGCUUCAUUCAGACGUUGGUUUCGCGUUUCGGUCAGUCGUUGAGACACGUCCACUUGCAGUGCGACUUCGUGUUCUGUGCUGAUCCGGGCAACCAUCCUAUAUUUCGCUUCGUUGACGUUGCCCGUCCCCUACUAUCACUGCGACAUCUUGAGCUGUUGGUGCUGUGCUUUUACCAAGCAUGCGCGACGGUUACCUACCAUGAAUUCGAAGAGAUGGCGUCAUCUUGGCCGAUGCUUGAAGAGCUCACUUUACGAUUCGGCAUGAUGCCACCGCCUGUUUCUGGCUUGGCUGCAUUUGCUCGCCAUUGCCCGAAACUUACACGGCUCGCGAUGUUUCCGAUGGAUCUCGCGGUGAUGCCGAAGCGCGAACCGUACUCUGUCUCGCAUCACAAUUUACGAGGUCUUACGAUCGAGAAUUUGGAGUAUACUGCUCCGGAGCCUCACCAGCUGGCCCACUUUAUCGAUUGCACGUUCCCGCAGUUGGAUGCCAGUCAGGUUCAAAUCAAUCAACAGGGAUCAGAUUGGCUCGUCUUCGUUGAAGAGCGAGAUGCACGACGGGCAUCAACACAGGGGGCACUUUAA